GUUGUUAUCAUCCGUCCUUUGAACUUAUUUUGAAAAUGGUUCCGUACCAUACAGAUCGGAGAGAUACUCUACGUUGUCACAUCAACUAAGAUUUUCAGAUUGCGAUUUCAAAAAUAUCUAUAAUAUAAAUGCCUAGGAGAAAAGCUAAAUCAGUAGACCCUACAAAGGUGUUAGAAGCUAAAAUAAAUGAAUUUUGUGCCGAUGAAGAAAAGUACAUUGAUUUUUUAAAUCGUUCAAAUUUAUGGAUGAAAUCUAAUGCAGAACAAUUAGAAAAUCUUCUACAUUCAACGGUCCAAUACUCAAGUUUCAACUUUACUUAUGAUGAUUUUAAAGCUGCUUUAUCAUCAUUAAAUUGCCCAUUUACAAAGUUUGAAAUCGAUGUGAUUACAAGAUUACUGGAUAGAAAUAAAAAUGGUUUUAUUGAUUAUGACGAUUUAACAUGCAGCUUAACAGAGCUAAGCCUUGAAAAUGGAAGUUUGAAAAAACUAAACAUUGAUCGAAUAGAGAAAUCGGAUAGAGGAUCGGUUAUUUGCAAAUUUAAUUGUUUAAAUUGUCUCAAUGUUCUUGAGUGCCCAUUACAUUUUGAGAAAUUAAUUUCACUGAAUACAUUCACUGAAGGUUUAAUCAGUAUUAUACGUCAUGAAACAUUGCUAUGGUUACCAAAGAUUUCCAUAUUUUUAAGUGCAAAUGCUCAGCCUGAAAGUGAACUACUACCCGAAUUAAUGUUAAGUGACUAUGAUAUAAAAAGUGGUGCAAUAUACGAUCCACCGAAAUUGGAUUUAUUCUAUCAAAUUACUGGUCAAGUAUUGUCAGAUGAUCAUUAUACCAUUGAAAUAUUAGAUACACUUGACACUUUACAAGCUGAUGCUGUUUUAUGGUCGAAACUUGUGUUAGAAAAUAUUAAAUUUCAAGAAAAUGUACCACAAAAUGUCAAACUACUUGAUAAUACAAAAAGUAGUAUGCAAACUUUGAAGUAAAAUUCACCAUAAAUCUGUAAACAAUCUCUGUAAAUACUGUUUAAUGAUCGAUUCCUAUUAGACAAAAUUAUCUGGGUUGCCACUGUUUAGUGAUGUCUUUUCUAGUUUAUCUGUUUCCCUAUCUACACUAUCCUCAGAACAUAAUAGUUUCACUCUGUGACUGAAACAUUUACCCAAAUUUAUUUCGUACUAAAGAUAUGUAAAAAACUCUGGAUAUUGGCUCACUGACCGACACAUAUAUUUUUUUUCGAAAUAUAUUUCUUUUAAUGGAAUCAUCAAUCUCUCUACAAACCAGGACGUCAACGAGAACUAUACUAUUAUCAAUCUCCUCUUCACUGGUGAAUUGAAUAGUUAAGUGAACGUUAGUAAAACUGUUCAACAGCUGUUGUUUGUUAUUACUAUCAUCAUACACGAUCAGUGUGCCAUCUAUGUAUCGACAAUAAUCAUCUAGCUAAAUCAAUAUGUCUUACAAAAGUUAAUUUUGCAGUUUGACUGGAAAACUAUCAACGAAGAUCUGAUCUGUUGGAGAUCCAAUCGCUACUCCAUGUGCGUUUCAACAGAAGCUCCUUCAAUUUACUUACUCAGAUUGAUAUUGCUGUAUUGUUGCCUUGAAGUUGUUUACCUACGUAUUCGACAGUUUCUAUCAGUUGAAAUUUUUGUGAACAAAAAGUAUAUGCCUAGUGAUAACAUGGUUUUGUCUUUUAUUUUCAUGUUUUUAUUUUUUUGAAUCCCCAAGUUCUAAUAUGUUUUUAACGCUGUACCUGAAGAAUUUAUUGUGACAUUCAGCACUUAAAUGUCAUAUUUUUGCAUACCUUUCCAUCACUGACAAUACCCUUGAGAAAAUACGUUUCCUUUUCAAUUAAUUCUCAGUUUAAUUUCCUAGUUCGAAUUGUUUGAAAACUCUAAUUAAUUUAAUUUCAAUGCUUCAUUUCAGAAUUUUUGUUUCACAAUGUCUAGCAAAUGGCAGAUCGAUAGUUUUCUUAUUUGAGAAUUUACCCAAAUUGCAUUUUACUGUGGACAGAUCUCACUAGAUAAACCUCUUGUCUUUAAUUUUUCACAACGAGGAUGUCAUUAAAUGUCA